UUUAGAUUGAUGGGGAUAAAUAAAUAAUUUGAUCAAUUUUACAAUACAACUAACGUUACAAAAUGUAGAAAAAGUCAAGGUCUGAAUACUUUCCGAAUGCACAAUAUACAACAAUACAGCAGUUUGUUUAAUAUCAAAAGUGUCACUAUCUCAACAAAAUACAAUAUUGUAUCGAUAUUAACCGGUUUUGUAUCUGUACUGACCAUUUCAGGUGUGGCAAUUUCUGCGUAUUUUCCACUUUUCCAAAUCAAUGGAUGCACAAUCCGAAAAUCAUAUGAUACAAUCCAGAAUAUCCGAAUGUGUAUAUAAUUGAGAAAUGAUACACGUCCGGUUUUGACACUUCUUGACCACAUUUAGAUUUUCAGAGUUUAGCUCAUUCUCAAGCAGAGGCACACAUGAUAAAGAAUCUCAGCUCAGUGACCAUAAGGUCAGUUGAUCCUCUUAAAGGGGCAGUGCAGCCCAAAACGUGAUUUUCCUGUUGUUCAUAUAUACUCUAUUUGUUUCUACAGUAUGAGGUUGGAAUAAUACUGAACUUGUGAAAAUGAUAAUGCCCUUUUAGUGUAAGAGCUGUUUUAAAAAGACCACCUGAAAUGUCUUGUUUUGCAAGGCAGCGGGUUUGGACUGCCUGGUGACAUCACCAGACGGUAUAAGUUAACAGACCAACAAAAAGUUUGCCCACCUGCCAAUAAUAGCUAUACAUCAGAUUACAUGUCCCUCCCAUUAGGCUCCAAUUAAACACAAGAAUGGAGCGAUAUACAGGGAAUACCAGUACCAGAUCCAUGUGCAGAGAGGUACGAGGUAUUUGAGGUAGAUAUGUACAUGAAGUCGGGGUAAAGUGACUAGGCAUCAGGAUAGAUAAUAAUACAAGUCAAAUAAAAUAAAAACAGCAAAUGAUGAGUGUAAUGUGUGGGAGUGUCAAUGUAGUGUGUGUGUGAAUAUCAAGUAAAGUCUAGUAAGUGUGCAUAGGAUCAGUACAAGAUAGUCAGUGCAAAUAGUUUGUGUACCAUUCAUUGACUAUAUAGCAGUAUGGCUAUUUAGCAGUCUUAUGGCUUGGGGUUAGAAGUUGUCUUGGAGCCUGUUGGUCCAAGAGCCGACGCUCUGGGACCAUAGCCACAGGAAGCAGUUUGGGGGUGCUGCAACUUUUUUCCCCGCCUGCACUACAGAUGGCUAUCUCGGCCCGAUUAUACAGGACUAGUAAAGGCCCAGUACACUACUGCAGCACCCCUACUUCCUGCGGCUAUGUGCCGGAAGGUAGCAGAGUGAACAGUGUAUGGCUUGGGUGGAUUCUUCGGGCCUCCCUCUGACAUAUAGGUCCUGGAUGUCAGGGAGCUCGCCCCGGUAACACACCUCAGUGUCAAGGUUUUCAGAAGGCACUCCUUCAGAGAAGUUUUCAAAGUACAUAAUAUACAUAAAAUGUGGAGCAGAAAUGCUUCCCGGUAAUGUGGAAUUAUGUCAGACAUCACUUGUUCUACAGAAUACAUUUGCUAUGAUUGGAUUGAUACUAUCUACUUGGCUGUUUUACAGAGAAACGGCCAACGGAUGCUGUCCUUCGGCAAGUCCGUUUGUAUUCCUUUCGAUCUAUUUCCUAACAUCUUUCGAUAUGGCAAUAUUCAGAUACGCAGGACGACUUCAAAGAGGACGACUUCAAAGAGGACCACCUGGAACUCGACCAUUGCUUCUUGUAGAUGACGUCAUGUUUGGAAGUAGCCCACCACUUUGUUUAGGCGACCAAAGGUAUUGAACGUAGCUACUAACACUGAUAUUAACCAUGUGCUAACUUACUAGAUUCUGUAGGCUACCAUCAACAAAACUAAUUCAACAUUGUCGACAAUGGCACUGGCGGACGAUGUCGAAUGGCCAUGGUCGCCGGAGGAGACAAAGGCGCUGAUCUCCGUAUGGUCAGACGAACAGAAUAUUCUGAAAAUGGAGCAAACGUGUAGAAACAAACAUGUUUACAGGGAAAUUUCGGAGCGGCUAAAUGACCUUGGUGUCAAACGGACGUGGAAGCAGUGUCAAAAUAAGAUGAAGGCCUUGAAGUGGAGAUACAGACAAACCCGCAUAGUCCCAAGCAGUAGUGACCGAACAACCUUUCCAUUAUUUUCCGAACUGGACGAAUUCCUCGCCGCCAUGCCUGAUCUGACUGAGUCCAAGGAAACUGGCGACGAGGAACAUGGUCGUCCUCUUCCUCUGUCGUCUCUGCGUCUUCUGGUUCCUCCACUGCGGCUGGUGUCCGCAGCUCUAUGGCAAGUUGUUCAGCGCAGAGACACAAUGGACUACGGGUUGGUGGAGGAGUUUGUGACCACUGUGUUGGAGAUAACCCCUGAUCUGAUGAGUUACAGAGAGAAAGCCCAGCUCGUUAUGGGACUGCAAGCACAGCUGGUUCUGGAAUUGUGUCGCUUUGAUCAUUCAGCCGACCCGGAGACCAUCCAGCCACACCUGAGCAGGAUGAGGACCUGCAUCAUCACUCAUAGAGAAAAGGAGAUAGAUACAGAGGUGGAGGCAUCAGAGUCAAACUUCUUGGAACUUGUCCAAACUCUUCUAGAUGACCCACUUGAGAGGGAACACUUCUUCCAGGAAGUUUUUCCAGAGGAAUUUGGCCCCAUGUAUGACACGGCACUGCAGACUCUGAUGUGGGAGUUCCUCUCAAGGCUGGAGAAACUGCUCCCAACACCAACAUUUCAACAGACAGCAUCCUGGCUCAGACCUGCCCCCUCUAUGCUGAAGGAGUGUGCACAGUCUGUGACUCAACCUCAGCCUUUGAAGACUCUCCUCCAACACCACAGAUGGCAUGGCCAUUUGUUCGCUAAUGGUCGAGGUUGUCGAUGGAGAAGACAUGUCCUCAACGUCAUCGACGACAGCCGACAACGUCGGACAGAUCUGGACCCCAAAGGAAACGGAAGCGCUGAUCUCUGUAUGGUCAAAGAAACCGAUUCUUCAGGAGAUGGAACGGAGUUACAGAAAAAAACAUGUGUACGGCGACAUUUCAGAGCAGGUGAAGGAGCUUGGCGUCAAAAGGACUCGGAAGCAGUGUCAAACAAAGAUAAAGGACAUGAAGCACAGCUACAGACGAGCACUGAAGAACCCAAGCAGUAGUGGCCGAGCGACCUGUCCGUUCUUUUCUGAACUGCACACCUUUCUCGCUGCCACGCCUGAUGCAACUGAUACCCAGUUGGCUGAGUCGAAGGAAACGGUCAAGGUUUCGGAUCCAGAAGUCAUGUUCUGCGAUCAGGAUGAAGGGCCUUCUGUGGAUGUCAAGUUAGAGAAUCUACAUGAGGAAAUGGCUUCCGGGGUGAGAGCAGACGCUAGGAAAGGGGGCGAGGCUUUUCACAGCCCUCAGAGUGACAGCAGGGUGAAAAUCGGAGGAAUAUCCCACCGUUGCGAACAGAUGGUCGAAGACGCAUCAGAUUUGGACCUUCAGCCCGUAGUGAUGUUGACGCAACUUGAUGAGACCCUUCUGAUGACCGGUGGUGAUCCUCGUCCUGCUUCCCAUACUACGGGGCAGUCUUCGAAAAGAAGCAAGCGCGCCAAAAUAUGCUCCUUUUGUGGGAAGAGUUUUGUUGAAGCAAAGGAUUUGACAACACACAUGAGAUCUCACACAGAGCAGAGCCCUCACCAGUGCACCCAGUGUGGGGAAGGCUUUGACCAUCCGGACGACUUACGAAAACAUUGGCAGAAUGAUUGUGAGGAGAUGAUGAAACAGGUCAAUGAACAUCAGCAUGGAAAGGACAGGAUCUCGGGAGAGUCCAGUUAUGCAAGUACUGAUCCUAAAACAUGCCAUCUAUGCCACGAGACCUUUGAAAUUCAGUGUGUGUUGAAAAACCGUCUUAUUGUGUUUCACAAAGGCAAAAGCCUUUAUAAGUGUCCUCUGUGUAUGAAGGGUUUUGGGUACCUCCGUAAUUUGGAGAAAGACCAGAGUAAAAAAAGAGGUUGUCCUACAAGUGGUGCCGUCAAAAAAAGGAAGGAGUUUGGGGAAAAUGGAAAUGUUGCCGGACUGAACUCGACCCCCAACAAGUGCCCUGACGUCUUCAAGUGCUCCUUUUGUGAAGAGAUCUUUUCUCGGUGCAUGGACCUGAAGAGCCACUACAGUCGUACUCAUCAAUUUACUGGCCCGUUCCCCUGCCCUUCUUGUCAGACGACUUUUGUUUCGUUAACUGAGCUGCGCUUACAUCAGAGAAAUGAGUCCACUCCUUACCAGUGCUCUUUGUGCCAGCGCUCAUUCUUAUCACUCGACAAGCUGACUGUUCAUGAGAGAAUUCACACAGGGGAAAAACCAUACCUCUGUGCUGAGUGUGGAAAAGGUUUCCGGGAUGCAAAAACCCUGGAAGAACACUCUAAGAUUCAUGUUGAGGGAGAACUCCACACCUGCUCCCAUUGUGGGAAAAGUUUCAAGCGAAAAGAACUAUUGAAACAACACAUGUUAAAUCACAGAGAUGCCGCUUUCAUCUGCCCAGACUGUGGGAAGAAGUUUUUUCGGUUGGUAUGGUUAAGAAGGCAUAUGUUAAUCCACACUGGCGAGAGACCGUUCCUCUGUGAUCUCUGCGGGAAAGGUUUCAAAUCUACAGUUGAAUUGAGAUUGCACACCCGGACACACACUGGAGAACGGCCAUUCAAGUGUCCAGAAUGUGGAACAAGUUUUAAGCAAAAGUGUCAUCUGCAGAUACAUCGGCGGACACACACAGGGGAGCGGCCGUAUCCGUGCACCAUGUGCGAUAAACGCUUUUAUGUCAGCAAAGAUAGAAAACGACAUAUGCUCAUCCAUACUGGAGAGAAGCCGUUUAAAUGUCAAGUGUGUGGCAUGGCGUUCAACCGUAAAGGGCAUUUGAGGGUACACCAACAAACCAAGAGGUGUUCAUAUAGGCACACAAGUCCCCUACGUAACACAUCAUUAUAAUAAGUGGUUUCCUGACUGACAGAACUAUACCUGUUCCUGUAAGCCACAUUUUAAGAUGUGCGUCCCGUCAAGUAAUAAUAUGAAGUUAAGAAAAAGUACUUUACAAAGUGACAACAACAAUAUAAACCAUGGAGUAGUAGCCUAUGUUUGUUUUUUGUUACAAUGAUGGAUUUUGUAAAAAACAAAAACUUAAAAGGACUGUUAUUAAAUUGUUUUUUAAAGGCACGGGCAUAGCGUUUGGUUAUUUUAGUUAUUUAGUUGGGUCAUUCCUAGUCUGCGGUGCCUUUUGGACCUUCUAACUUUUGAGGGAAAAGUAUCUUUAGAUUUUUUUGUUGUAUUCUAUCAGAAAAAUGACACGUUUGACUUUUUGAAAAACAUAUUGGUCAAGCUCGGGCACUUAAAUGUUUAGGUGCAUUUUCCAACCGGUUAGGUACAUAAUCCUAACAGUGUCAACAUAACUGGAAAUUUGGAGCCUAAAUUAGCCAUAGCUCUGAGAGAGCAAGAUUGAGGUAGCAUAAUGGUGAACACUUGAACCGGAUUUUAACUUCCCUAUCAAACGUUUUAGCAUUUUGAGGAAUUUGAGUGGGACAUACAGAAUAACAACAUGGAAAAAUAGAUAAGUGUUUAUUUAUUUAGCUUUGCACCAUUGUUUUCCCACCCAAAAAAAGUAUGACACUUCCUGAAUAGAGAGAAAUAGUAAAUAUUGGUGUUGUUUUGUAGGCACUAACUCCAUGGUUCGUUGGACAAAGCCUAUGGGGGGAAAUUAAUGGCGUCUUUUGUAGGGGUUUUGGAUAAACGCCGAAAAUAAGGUCUGUGGUAAACACAGGCUUAGGAGAUCUGACCUGUUUUUGUUCUAUGAGAUAAUCUUCGUCAGCUAACUAGACUUUGAGGUUUGAAACAUUUAUGUAAUAAUAAACCAAACGUAUAUAAGAUCUCCUAAGCCUGUGUUAACCUCCGACCUUAUUAUCGGCAUUUAACCCAAAAACCCUAUUCUUUCCCCAUUUGAAUUUUCCCCCAUAGGAAUGUCUGCUUUAAAGGACUACAAGCUGGCAAGCUCUAUGUGGUGUCUUUGUAGGAAGGGGCUGUUUUUAAAGGAGCAGUACAACAAUAACAGGGUGGGAAGUGGCAUCAGGGACACACAGAAUAUCUUAAAUAAAAUAAUGAAUACAAUAAUCAUGAGAAAAACUUUUGAAGAGAGAGAAAUGAACUAGGACUAUAAAAUAAUUAAGAAAGCUUUUAAAUAUUUUAAUGGGUUCUUUUUCUCAUGGACGUUGAUGGAUAACACUCGAGUUCAUGGCAAAAAACACCUACAUCCACUGAAAAAAAGUGUGCAAAAUGCAUACAAUUACCUUUCAAGAUCCACAUUUUUGUGUUUUCACGGUAAGACACUUGACCUUUUUAUAUUUAAAGCUUUUUGGAAUCAACAUUUUACACUAAAUAAGAAGUGAUAGUUCCUGGGAACAGAAAAAGCACCACAUUGUAGGAAUGACCCUGAUGUUUCUGGCCUGCAUUUCAGUCAUAUUGCACAGAUUAUCAGACUCAAGUCAUAUCGAUAGGGUGCUUCAAUUGUUCAACACCACCUCAACAUACAUUUUUUGGGGUGAACGAAAUAAAAUGAUAAUAAAGGGG